UUAUUAGUCGAGAGAAAGAGAGAGAGAAAGGCGUGCUCAGGUAUGACAGGUAACCUAUUUCCAUACACCAGUAGCUGACACACAUUGCCUUCAAGACAACAUCAGAGAUGAGAGAGAACUGACUACCACUUGUUGAUGAGCUGUUCACAGGAGUACAGAAUCAAUCCUUGUCUAGAGCUGGAUUAACAAGAAACUGUGGCAAGGGUUUUAUAUCCCCUUUAUACCAAGUGUUUUCUCUCUUUGAGGCAGGAUUUGAUUAAUCUGAAGGACAUGGUGUAAAAAGAGAGGGAAAGAAGACAGCUCAUAGAAUUACAUCAGAUAUACUGGAAGCUGUGGAGUCCAUGUGGGGUGAUCAGUUCAGCCUCUAGGGAAUCUGUGUUUAUACGAGAACAAAGGAUACAGUAAUACAUAGGUAUAGGUUUGUCUAUAAAUAGAGAAAGAUAUUAUAUGCAUCACCUGUGGAAAGAGAUUUUGCAUAGUAGGAGAAGAAUAUAGGUCAACAGAACAGCAGAAUAACCACUUUAAAGGUCUUGGUGGUUGUAAAAGUAGAAAAGGCUGAGUAAUAGAGUAGGGGUGAGAGUCUCUAACUCCCACAAAGGUGAACUUGGAGAACUGUUAUCUUAGGUGCUGGAGGCAUCCAUGUAACUGUAUCCCUGCCUAACCCAACACCUACACAAUAAGAAGGCAUACUGAUGUUUUUUAAUCUGUCACUAUAUGUUUAUGUACCUCACAGCUAAAGUGGUUGUUUAAGGGUUAUAAGCUGGGCAGAUGGAAUGUGGGUUAUUUGUCCAUGGUGAAUGAGUGCCUUGUGCUAAGAUUUGUUCCCUUCAGUCCCUUUAGAGUAGUUUGUUGGUCAAUUAACUUGGAGCCGGACACAGUGGCUGCCUUUGUCUUGUGUUGGCUGGUCAUUAACUGGUGGGCGUGGCCUCUCUCUCUUCCAUGUGGCUUCACAUGUACCUGCAGUGUCUCAGUCAGUGUGUCAGUCAGUGUGUAUAUAUGUACUAGUAUUGACCAGAGGAGUUGUACAUAGCAUGGGUCAUCACCUAUGUUGUCAGUGAUGUGUUAUGAUAUAAAGUUUCAGGUGACCAGUUUUUUGCACAUUUCAAUUUGAAUUCAUGUCUCUAUAUUGCUGUUAUGUCACAACUACAGUGCUUUCUGGAUCAGUAACCAUUCAUAUCAACAGAUGUUAGGAAGACACAAUGCAAGUCAGUGAUGUUGACCAGGGUACGGCAGGUGCUCUGUGUUUUAUACACUGUAUUAGUGGAAUAUGGAUAAUGCUAUUGAUUAGCAGAUUUGGUAGUAUUGAUGACAUAUUGCACACUAGUUCUAACUGGUAAAGGUGUGAAACAUUGUGGAGAUAUGUGGCUGCAAGUAUUACAACAACAGUGGUUAGAGAUGUAUUCCUUUUCAUAAGAAUUAGGCUAUUGGAGAUGUUACAUACACUGUUAAGUUGAAGCUGGGCACACUUGAAAUAGAGCUUGCAUUGGGAAGUUAACAUAUAUGUAUAUGGCUCAGCAAGCUACUUUGUCAUUUAUUUUUAAUGGAAUUUUUAUCCACAGAAAAGAGUGAUAUUCAUUAGUUACGAGGCUGAAUCACUGAGAUCUAUAGUUACUGAAGGAAUGGAAAAAUCUGCGUAGGCGAGAAGUGUUGGAUGUUAAUAGGCAAAAAGUAUUGGAUGUUAAUUUUUUAGGAGCUAUGUCACUGCUCAAUGUGAAACAUUUAUUUUCAAGUAAUAUAAGUAUAUGGUCGAGUCAUCAAUAUUGACCCAUAUGAAUCACUUUACCACAUGCUAAGAAGCAUUUAAGAGAGCAUUCACAACGAAGUUGAUCCAUGGGCUAACUAGGCCGUGUAUCAAAUAUAGCGCGCACUUGACAGUGGAUUCCCGCACCCUGUGCACACCAUCCCAGUGGGGGCAGAGCAGUUAAAUCUCGACACGUUUUCAAGUGGGUGGCGCCAUAUUUGAUUUGCAGAUCUUUAAGUCCGUGGAUCAAAUUGUUCUCAAUGCACCCUACUACAUUGUUUUAGAUGCUCUGUAGAAUUAGAGUGAAUUAGAAACUCAGCUAGAAGUAUGACGUAGCUGUAUUUAUAUUGUUAUGUAUGCAUAGAUCAGACUUUAAAAAGUGAUGUUCCAUGUGUUUCCAGGUGUUCUACCUGCCAUAGGUGACUAGUAGACAGAGACCUGGCUUACCUGACUUAAUGGCAAAUUGAUGGGAUCUUAAGGGUUCACUACAGUAGAGAGAGAUGAAAGAGUUAAUAGCAUUAGUGCAGUGUAAGGUGGCAAAACAUGUCUACAGGCUUUUAUUGUGGGUGGCACUUAUCCAUGUAAAAUCUUUGAUCUAAAAAUCUGCGAUGUACUUUUGAAGAGGGUACUCCCCCCCCCCCCUUCUCUUCUCCUAAGAAGUAUGUAGCAGAUAAUUUGUUCUGUGAAUGCUAUGAAGCUCAAGUGAUUGACAUCAGUCAGUUUUGAAACUAACUUGUUGGAACAUCUUUUAUAUAUUGUUUACGCCAUUUUCCCUAGUUAACCUUGUGUGGAGGCAUCACACCUGCUACCAAGUGAAUGACUAAUUAGUAUUGUAAGUACGUUGGCGGCAUUACAUUAAGACUGUUGUCAGCCAUGUGUACUUUCUUGAUGUUGUCAUUAAUAGCUGAAUUGGCAUUUUACUGGUCCCAUGAGGUCUUUUAAAAUAACUUUUUUUUUGUGACAGCAAAGAGAGCUUGCCACUCAGAAUAUACUUCUAGAAUAUUGUUAUUUGUUUAUGCUGUGUGGACAAAGAAAAGCACUUGAGGUCUAUAGAACUGAACUGGAUACAUGCUGCGGUUUAUUCCCAGGAGAAGUAGGCGUCAAGAGUUGUUUUUAUCCGAGUAACAAUUCAGAUGAAAGAGCAAGCUACUAUAUGGUCAUGAAGAAACCCGAGAAAUUGUUUUGAUCAUAUUGUCCUCCCCUGUGUGUUUACAUGGGAUUCUGUUGUCUGAAUGUGGCACCUGGUGGAUGGGAAAUGAAGGUAUCUGAGAAGCGGAAUUGUUAGAAUUAGUCAUUAUGUGUUCGAUUAAACCUUCAAACAAGUCCUGAGGACUCUACUCGAAGCCAACGGGAAAAUUAAUCUUGUGUGCUCGUGUCUCAUGUCAAAGCCUUGAUGUAGGUUAGUGUCAGAGUGAUUUUUUUUACCAUUGAUUGAAGAUUGCUAUAUAAGACAUCAGUACUAGUAGUGUUGUGGUCGUAAAAAUAUACACAGUUUUCAGGGAUGUCUUGGUGAUAUAAAGGGAAUUCUUGGAUUUUGUACAUUUGAAGAUGCAUCUUUAAUCUGGUAUUGGUCAUUGGGCACACAUGGACUACCCGAGUAUGCUACUUCACUUCUGGAUUGAGGCGUGACUCACUGUAGGAACAAUGGCAGAUCAAAACAUAGCGAAUACUACAAGGCCAUUCAUUGGUCAUCCACAACUACAUGAUAGUAAAUCUCCCCAAGACACUGAAAAUAAGUCACAGUUAACAAAGCAUGAUGAUGAUGACUCCAAAGGAAUUUUUACUGGAGAUAUGAAUGACAAAUCGUGCAAAAAAAUUAAGCUAGAGCCACACGUGUGCUCUCUCAUGGCUGCUGAAGCCACAGAGGAUCAUGACGAGGACGAGCUGCUCCCACCUUGCGAUUGCGAGGAGUGCUUUCUUGCAGGGAACAGCGAUAGCGGGAGCAAUGACUUUGAAACGGGGAAACAAAUGAAACGAAUCAGAACCAUGAGUUCAUGGCGGAAGAUCCGGAACAUGGUGCACUGGUCUCCGUUUGUGCAGCAGUUUAAGAAGCACAGGUAUCCCUGGAUACAGCUGGCAGGUCACCAAGGGAAUUUCAAGGCAGGUGACCAGGGAACAAUCCUCAAGAAGCUGUGCAGCAAGGAGCAGACCUGCCUUCAACAGCUGAUGAAGGACAUUAUCCGGCCGUACGUGCCAGAGUACAAGGGGGAAGUAGAGAGAGAUGGAAUCAAAUACAUCCAGAUGCAGGACCUCCUGUGUGAGUUUGACUGCUCCAGUCUCAUGGACUGCAAGAUAGGGGUCAGGACGUACCUGGAAGAGGAGCUCCAAAAAGCACGAGAAAACCCCAAACUCAGGAAGGACAUGUACCAGAAGAUGAUCGAGGUGGAUCCUAACGAGCCCACAGAGGAGGAACAUGCCCAGCAAGCCAUAACAAAACCACGCUACAUGAUCUGGCGGGAGACAGUCAGCUCCACCGCAAACCAGGGCUUCAGGAUUGAGGGGAUUAAGAAAGCAGAUGGUAGCUCAAGUCGAGAUUUCAAAACCACUAGAACAAGAGAGCAGAUUCUAGAUUGCUUCAUCUCUUAUACAGAUAACAACAAAAAUAUCAUACUGAAGUACAUGAGAAGACUCAAGGCAAUAAGAGCUACUCUGGAAGCAUCUCCUUUCUUUGCCAGGCAUGAGCUGAUUGGCAGUUCCCUUCUGUUUGUUCACGACAACACGGAGCAAGCGUGCGUGUGGAUGAUUGACUUUGGCAAGAGUAACCCCAUCCCCAAUGACGCCACUAUCAGCCACAGGGCCCCCUGGGUGGAAGGAAACAGGGAGGAUGGCUACCUCACUGGAAUAGACAAUAUCAUUGACAUUUUUGAGGAAAUGUACACAAAUGCUACCGGCUCUCCGACGUCCUGAUAUCAGCUUCCCAUUUCUGCUGAAGCGUCACAAAGGAUUCCACCCUCUGGGAUUGGUAAUGGUCAGAAUGGCGUGAAUUGCCUGGACUGAUAUUAACAAGUGUUUUGAUAUUCGUCUCAUACUAAAGAUAGUCAGGUCUAUGAAGGGUAUAAUACUCCCAGUAUGAUCCAGGCCACUGGAGAAGAUUAAUUUCUCAUGAUAGAAAAAAAAAAUAGUCCACGGGUAUCCUACAUAUCUCAAGAGCAUGUUUGUCAACAUUUGAAAACUUGUCUGAAGAAGUGAUACAGUGGUCUUUAUAAGUGCUUAGAUUUGUUCUCAGGGUUUGCCCCCUAUACCCAUUUUUAUCGAGGACCAAUUGUUUUAUGUUUCUAAUUAGCUAGAUAAGCCAGCACCCUGCCAUAUUUGGGGAUCAGGGAGACCACAGAGGAUUUAUACCCCCCCCCCC